GAUAAUAACAUUUUGCUAAAAUUUAUGGACAAUAUAACCACUAGAUACCUUAUAAUAUUGUCAAUGGAGGACACUUAAAUACUUAAUGUUUUUAACUGAUCGCUGAAGCGAAAAUGAUAAAAUUUUUCAAAAAUGUUCAAUCUGAAAGCUGUUUUAAAGAUUGUUUGCUCCCUUUGUGUUUGGACCUUUGUUCUAAUUGGAGUGUUCAAACUACAAGGUACAAAUAUACUGCCACAAGAUUAUAUUGACUUACCGCAGUACCAAAGAAUUUUAUUGCAAAGAGACUCACAGCGUCUGGCGCAAAUGACUUCGACAACAAGCGAUCAAUAUGAGCCAGUGGAGAUCUUAGUCGAUAAUAGGAAAGCAAUGGAUGAUGAGCAACUUGUACGUGAUGUUGAGGACCGAAUACCAUCGCUACCCAUUGCCUAUUGGAGUAAAAAUAAAAAUAUACAACAACAGAAAUCGUCAACCUGCGCUAAAUAUCCAUCCAUAUUCGAAUUAGAGUUCAAUAAUAUUUAUUGGCAAACAAUGCGUACAUCCAAUGGUACAUUUCAGUUAUUUGGUGCCUACUAUGAUAUAAGAAAGAGAUCAUUAUUAGGACCUACAGUGCGCAUACUUGGCAUGAUCGAUCGCAUUGAACCAAAAGUAAAGACAUAUUGUCAAUUAUGGUUUGAUGGACAAAAGGAACCCUUCAUAGUUAAGACAUUUGAAUAUAAAUAUAUCUGGUAUAACAAGUGGGGUAAUUACAAGCAGGGUAUAUAUCAACCCUAUCUGAUAGCAUGUCAGAUACCGAAACCAUUUCACGGUGUUGUACCAAGCUCUGUUUCAAUGGUGGAAAAACAAUGUGAUACAGCAACAAAUAAUUUAAGAGUUAUAUACAAUCGACCGCCCGAUGAUCAAAAGAAAGGUUUUGCUGUGUGCGUGAAAGGCUUAGAUUUUCUAUACGAUGAUUUAUCAGUGCGUCUGAUUGAAUGGAUUGAAAUGUUGAAUAUUUUGGGUGCCGAUAAAAUUUACUUUUACAAUUUACAAGUGCAUCCAAAUAUAACAAAAGUGCUUAACCAUUAUGAGCAAGAAGGAAAAGUGCAAGUAACACCAUUGACACUUCCAGGUGGACAACCCAACGUGCCGGGUUUUCAACAUUUAUAUUUAAAGAAGAAAACAAAUCACAAACGCCAGAAUGAACUCAUACCAUACAAUGAUUGUUUAUACAAGAAUUUAUACCUUUAUGAUUAUAUUGCUUUACUGGAUAUCGAUGAAAUUAUCAUGCCGAAAGGCGAUAUGGUGCUGUGGCAAGAAAUAAUGGCAAAAGUUGUGCCUAAAUCAUUGGCAACACGUCCAGAUGGCUAUCAUAGUUUCAAUUUUCGUAAUGUGUACUUCUUUGAUGAUGAUCAGCAUCAACAUGGCUGGCAUAAAGAUAUACCAAGAUACAUGCAUAUGUUGCAGCAUGUGCAGCGCUCGAAGAACUACACUAAACCCAAUCAAUAUGUUAAGUGUUUCCACAAUCCAGAGCGUGUGCUGACGUUACACAAUCACUUCCCUUUGGCUUGCUUGGGUGGUGUUUGCAAAUCAUUUCCCGUCGACACAGUUGAUGCGCAACUACAACAUUAUCGUGCUGAUUGUGUGAAAACUCUGAAGAAGAAGUGCGAAGAGUUUCGCGAGAAUUUAAUAGAAGAUAGAACGAUUUUUAAGUAUAAGGAUGAGUUAGUUAGCCGUACUCUAAAAACACUAGAGACACUUAAAUUUUUUAAACAUCCAAGCUAUGCUAAUGGAUUAAGCACAACUGUGAUUUCUACAUAAUUGGUAUAAUUUAAUAUUUAGGAUAUGUGUAUGGUUUUUUAUAGCAAAAUAGGCAAAAUAAAGUAUAAAAAUAUAAAUAGAAUAUUUUGAAGCCUUUAGGGAACUUAUUUAUUAUCACACAAGCAUUAAAUAAAUUAUUUAUAUUAAAAUUCGAGACAAUUGAAAGAAAUUUCAAUACAGUAAGAUAACAUUUAGUUGGCAACAUAUCUUGAGAACAGAAACUUUUGCUUAACAAUAUUAUAUUGUACUUCAACAUUGUGAUUAACAACAUUAUAGUGAAGCGCUAUUUUUCCAAGCAACAUUAGCAGCAAUUUUCUGAGCAAUUUGCAUAGAACAUUUCUCUUAGCAACAAUUUGCUUAGCUACUGUUUGCUUAGCAGCAAAUUGCUUAGGAACAUAUUGUUUAGCUACAAUUGGCUUAGCAACAUUUGAUUUAGAACAAAGUUUGUCUCAGCACAGUAAUUAAAGAUACUUUAUUUUAUUAUCAGAUUCUGUAAGUAAACUUAUGUAUCUUAAUUUUUUUGUUCAUAAUAUACAUAAAAAACUGUUCAAUUUAAAAGUUUUGUUGAAUUUACUAUAUAGUUGAGGGCUAAAUAAAUUAA